GGAUCCCUUCAGCAUUGUGUUUUAAAAGAUAAUAAAUGGGAAGGAGGUGUGGUGUGGGAGUCUGAUCACAUGAGGAGGAGGAGGAGGAGGAGUAACUGGGUGCAGGAAGUCGGAACUGCAAAGGAACAAUUACUCUGGUUCCAGAAGGUAUCUGAAAGGAACUUCAUCAACAUAGUGCCACAAAGGGUAGCACCCUCAAGACAGAGAUGACCAACUUCGUAAACAGCAAUGAAACCGAUCUAACUAUCGGCUUUACCUCUUCUGCAAUAGCUAUCUUCUUAUUUGGGACAAACUUUGUACCUGUUAAGAAAUUUGACACUGGUGAUGGAAUGUUCUUCCAGUGGAUUCUCUGUGCAGCAAUAUGGAUAGUUUCUUUGGUGGUCAACCUUAUCCAAAAAUGUCCCCAGUUCUGGCCUCUGGCUAUGCUUGGGGGUUUUGUAUGGGCUACAGGUAAUAUUACUGUUGUCCCCAUUCUUAAAACCAUUGGCUUAGGUCUUGGGCUCUUAAUCUGGGCUUCUUUUAAUUUGCUAACUGGCUGGGCAAGUUCAAGGUUCGGUUGGUUCGGAAUUGAUCCAGAAGAGGUAUCAAAACCCACCUUAAAUUACAUUGGAGCUACACUUUCUUUGUUAAGUGUGAUCAUAUUUCUUUUUGUAAAAAGUGAAAUUCCAAGUUCUUUAGCUUCAUCAGAAGCUACGCCUUUAUUGGAUGAGGCACCAAUCAACUAUUCUGUAAACACCAGUUCUGAUACAUCAUGGGUGGACAAUUUUUCUCCAAAGGGAAAAAGAAUGAUAGGCUGUAGCCUAGCAGUAGUAGCUGGAAUACUAUAUGGUUCCAGUUUUGUGCCAGUACUUUAUAUCAAGGACCAUGGAAGAAGAAAUGGAACUCUAUACACAGGAGCAAGUCAAUACGAUUUAGACUAUGUCUUUGCACACUUUAGUGGAAUCUUCCUUACAAGUACCAGCUACUUUCUGAUCUACUGUAUAGUCAUGAAAAAUAAACCUAAAGUUUACCCUGAAGCUAUAAUACCAGGAUUUAUGUCUGGUAUACUUUGGGCAAUAGCCAAUUGCUGUUGGUUCAUAGCCAAUCACUACCUCAGUGCUGUGGUCAGCUUUCCAAUAAUUACUGCUGGCCCUGGAUUUAUAGCUGCAAUGUGGGGAGUCCUUGUAUUCAAAGAGAUAAAGGGAUGGAAAAACUAUUUGUUACUCAUAGUAGCAUUCGUUAUCAUUUUAGCUGGCUCACUCUGCACAGCUUUUUCUAAAGUUUAAAGUGAUUGCAGAGACCAGCAGAUGGUGCUAUUGUCUAAUAAAAUACAUUGUGGAGAAGAUUACACCUCUAUCAUUUUUAAAAGGACUAUUUAUUGUGACAAUGAAAGUAAAUUAAGCAGAUAUUCAUAUUCAAGAAAUUUUAUCCCAAUGGAACCAUUUUUUUCAUACCUGAAGCAAGCUUUGGAUAAUAUAAGAAAAAAACUUUUUCAAUAUACUCUUCUAGAAGAUAAGCAUUGGCCUGUGUAAUUGCAAGAACAAAAACUAAUCAAAGGGCUGUCAUUAUUUAGAAUUAUUUAAAUUCUAAAAAUUUUUAUUUUAUAAUUUACUGGUUUUCUGGUAGUGUGGUACCUAAAUAAGUUCUCACAGAAUAAUCAUACGUUCAUUUCACUUUUGUAGGUGGAGGAAAAAGGGAACAUUAAUGCUAAGUGCUUAAUAUUUUACUGAAUUGCAAAAAAAAUUAACAUAUAGGACAUUUUGGCUUCUUAGUUUCCUGAGAAUGUAUCCUUUUGGAAUAUCCUUGUUUACACUAAGAUAAAAAGACAUGCCAGCAAAAUCUCACUGAAGCACUUUUUUCUUUAAAAGGCAACUAUCUAGAAAAAUGUGUUUUGCAUAAAAAUGUUAUCUGCCUUCUACUUUAUCAUUUAGAAUGUGAAAGCUUUUUUAUUGUUGUUAUGAAUCACAAAUGAUUGUUUAUAAUCAGCCAGUUCUUUUCAGAAAGGCAUUCAUUCAUGGUUCUGUCUAAAUUAUGCAAAUAUUCUGUAUCAGAGGCAUGAUUUCUGUGGCAUUUUUUUCUACAAUCUGUUGAGAGGUAUUGGGAGGAACUAUGCAAAUAAACAUUUCAUUCUGUCACUAGGACUUUUACAAUACAAAAUAAAAAUACAAUCAAAAGGUUGUUGCCAGGAACCAAUUAUUGUGCUUUUUCUUCCUUUAGCAUAUUUGAUGCUAAAGGUAUAGAUACCAAUAUAAUAUUUGUCAGUGGCAAUGCAUAGGGGGUGCGCGGGGGUAAAUGUGCACCCCCUGAGAGCACUGGUGCACCCCCUGAGAGGCCGCACUCUCUGCUUAGGUAAUGUGCAGGGGGGGCAGGCGGGAAUGCUGAUGCCCCCCCUGUGAGCACUGGCCAGGGAGUGGGAGUGCCGGAUGAAGUGGUGCAGCCACUUCCGGGAGUGGUGUGGCUGCUUCCCAGUCGCCUUGAUUACCCACGGGGACGCACACACCCCUGGGUCGGUGAUAUUGGCCUUGGUGGGACAUCACCCCCCCCAGUCAGCGAGACCAGCCGCAUGCAGGGGGACCCCCCCAGUCACUGACUGGUUGCUGGGGGGAGCCCAUGCUUCCCUUCACUAAGGUGGCACCAGUCGCCCAUGAUAUUUGUAUAAGCUUUGCUAAAGAUUAGUACUAUAGGACAUUUUUACAUGUGAUGCAGGUGUUGCAGGGGGAGGGGGAGCCUUUAAUUAGAGCAGCUCAAGGCCCCACACUUUAAAAAGGUGGUAGGAGCACUUUAUC